AUGAGCCGUGCAGUGCAGUACAACCUUCCUAAGCACCGUAGAAUUUCUCAUUUUGUGCUCCCCCUGUCACCAUCUACAAGUGAGUACAUGGUGGGAGGUGCUUCAGCUUCUGGUGCUACCGGGAAUGUUGCCGGCGUGAGAAUCGUUGUCGCCGGAGAUGCCAAGACCGGGAAAUCGAGCUUGAUAGUUACGGCCGCCACUGAUAAUUAUCCGAACAAUGUCCCUCCACUGCUACCGCCCACUAGGCUCCCCGAAGACAUUUAUCCUGAUCCUGUCCCUGUUACAGUAAUUGACACUUCCUCGAGCCCUGAGAAUAGAGGUAGACUCGUUGAAGAGAUAAUGGGAGCCGAUGCGAUUGUUCUCACUUAUGCGUGUCAUAGGCUUGAAACUCUUGAUCGGCUGAGUACUUUCUGGCUUCCUGAACUUCGAAGAUUAGAGGUUAACGUGCCUGUUAUUGUGGUGGGUUGCAUGCUAGAUAAGAGGGAUGAUCAACAUUCUGUUAGUUUGGAGCAGGUUAUGUCACCAAUAAUGCAACAGUUUCGUGAGAUUGAAACUUGUAUUGAAUGUUCUGCACUAAACCAUAUUCAGGUUCCUGAGGUUUUCUACUAUGCACAAAAAGCUGUGCUUCAUCCGACUGCUCCAUUGUUUGAUCAGGAACAACAAGUUUUGAGGCCACGAUGUGUGAGGGCUUUGAAAAGGAUAUUUAUUCUUUGUGACCAUGACAGAGAUGGUGCUCUCUCUGAUGCAGAGUUGAAUGAGUUUCAGGUAAAAUGUUUCAAUGCUCCACUACAACCAUCUGAAAUAGCAAUUGUUAAGAGGGUUGUGCAAGAAAAAUUGAGGGAAGGUGUUGAUGAUCGUGGUCUUACAUUGACGGGAUUCCUCUUUCUCCAUGCACUUUUUAUUGAGAAGGGGCGUUUAGAGACAACAUGGACAGUCUUACGGAAAUUUGGGUAUAACAAUGAAAUCAGACUCCGUGAUGAUCAACUGCCACCACCAAUAAAGAGAUAUCCUGACCAGAGCACGGAACUGACUAACGGAGCUGUGGAAUUUCUCAGAAGAAUUUUUGCCACAUUUGACAUUGAUGGUGAUGGAGCUCUUCGUUCCGCUGAGCUUGAGGAUUUGUUUUCUACUGCGCCAGAAAACCCCUGGAAUGAAGCUCCAUAUGAGGACGCAGUGGAGAAGACAGCUUUGGGAGGGCUGUCACUUGAUGGCUUUUUGUCAUUGUGGUCCUUAAUGACACUUCUGGAUCCAAUUCGUACCAUGGAGACCCUGAUAUACAUUGGAUAUGGUGAUGAUCCCUCAACUGCUAUCCGUGUAACUCGGAGAAGACGUUUAGAUAGUAGGAAGCAGCAAACGGACAGAACUGUGUACCACUGCUUUGUUUUUGGACCAAAAGAGGCUGGGAAGUCUGCAAUACUGAAUUCUUUCACUGGAAGACUUUUCCCUGAAGAAUAUGUUCCCACUACCAAUGACCGCUAUGCUGUUAAUUCAGUUGAUCAACCUAUGGGAACUAAGAAAACUCUUGUAUUACGAGAGAUACCAGAGGAAGGAGUGAAAAAAAUAUUAUCCAGCAGGGAUGCUUUGGCAGCAUGUGAUGUGGCAGUGUUUGUUCAUGACAGUUCUCGUGAAGCUUCAUGGCAGAAAGCAACUGAGAUGCUUGUGGAUGUUGCUAGUCAAGGGGAAACCAGUGGCUAUGAGGCACCUUGCCUUAUCAUUGCCAAUAAGGAUGAUCUUGAUCCUUAUUUGACUGAAAUUCAAGAUUCGACACGGGUAAGCCAGGACAUGGGAAUAGAGACUCCUAUACCUGUCAGCGUGAAGCUGGGAGAUUUCAGUAAUUUAUUUCAAAGGAUUGUAAAUGCAGCCGAGCACCCUCAUUUGAGCAUACCUGAAACUGCCACUGGGAAAAGCCGUAAGAAGUAUCACAGGCUUGUUAAUCAUUCCCUCGUGUUUGUAUCAGUUGGAGCUGCUGUAGCCAUUGUUGGCCUAGCUGCUUAUCGUGUUUAUGCUGCAAGAAAGAAUUCUUCGAGUUAA